UAUACUUCAAUGCUCUCUAUCUCACUCUCCUUCCUUUUGAUUCCUUUGGGUCUCAUUUUAUGAGUAUGGCCAAUAACAAUAAGAGCCGUUUCUUCUUCUUCUUCCUGGUUCUGGUUCUGUGGUGUGUGUCGUCGUUUGGGUUGGGGAGGGUUCCGUUUGCAUGCGACCCGAAGAAUGGGUUGACGAGGAGCUUGAAGUUUUGCAGGACGAAUGUGCCGAUUCAUGUGAGGGUUCAGGACCUGAUCGGAAGGCUGACAUUGCCGGAGAAGAUAAGGCUGGUGGUGAAUAAUGCGAUUGCGGUGCCGAGACUGGGUAUUCAGGGGUAUGAGUGGUGGUCGGAGGCGCUUCACGGCGUCUCUAAUGUGGGUCCCGGAACCAAGUUCGGUGGGGCCUUCCCUGGCGCCACUAGCUUCCCUCAGGUCAUCACCACCGCUGCUUCCUUCAACCAAUCUCUCUGGCGCGAAAUCGGACGGGUAGUGUCAGAUGAGGCGAGGGCAAUGUACAAUGGAGGGAUGGCCGGUUUGACAUACUGGAGCCCUAAUGUGAACAUAUUCCGAGACCCACGGUGGGGCCGCGGCCAAGAGACUCCCGGCGAGGACCCCAUCGUGGCCUCCAAGUACGCCGCCAACUAUGUCCGGGGACUCCAAGGCGACGGCACCGGCAACCGCCUGAAGGUUGCCGCCUGCUGCAAGCACUACACCGCCUAUGAUCUCGAUAACUGGAAAGGCAUUGACCGCUUCCACUUCAACGCCAAGGUGAGCAAGCAAGACCUGGCGGAUACAUACGACGUGCCGUUUAGAGCAUGUGUCGUGGACGGCGGAGUGGCCAGUGUGAUGUGCUCCUACAAUCAGGUGAACGGGAAGCCCACUUGCGCCGAUCCCGACCUCCUACGCAACACCAUCCGCGGCCAGUGGAAGCUCAAUGGGUACAUAGUGUCCGAUUGUGAUUCAGUUGGGGUUAUGUAUGACACUCAACACUACACGCAAACGCCCGAGGAGGCCGCUGCUGACGCCAUCAAAGCGGGCUUGGACUUGGAUUGUGGGCCUUUCCUGGCACUUCAUGCAGCAGAUGCCAUCAAAUUGGGCCGCAUCUCAGAGAACGAUCUCAACCUCGCCUUGGCUAAUCUUCUUACGGUUCAAAUGAGAUUGGGCAUGUUCGACGGCGAGCCCUCUGCCCAACCAUAUGGACACUUAGGCCCAAGAGAUGUGUGUACCCCGGCCCAUCAACAACUCGCCCUUGAAGCCGCCAGACAGGGCAUUGUUCUCCUCCAAAAUAAAGGAAACACUCUCCCACUAUCCCGCGCACGUCACCGCACCGUAGCGGUCAUUGGACCCAACUCUGAUGUCACUACUACUAUGAUAGGAAACUACGCAGGUGUGGCAUGUGGUUACACGUCGCCUUUGCGAGGGAUUGCGAGAUAUGUUAAGACUGUUCAUCACACGGGAUGUAGGGAUGUUAUGUGUAAAGGAAACCAGGCCUUUGGGGCGGCGGAGAUAGCUGCACGGCAUGCGGAUGCGACGAUCUUGGUGGUGGGCCUCGACCAAUCCAUAGAAGCUGAGUUUAGGGAUAGAGUUGGGCUUCUACUACCGGGCAGCCAGCAAGAGCUUGUAUCGAAAGUGGCCCGGGCCUCCAAAGGCCCGGUUGUUCUGGUUAUUAUGUCUGGUGGGCCUGUUGAUGUCACUUUUGCCAAAAAUGAUCCCAAGAUCGGUGCUAUUUUGUGGGUGGGUUACCCUGGUCAGGCCGGAGGAACCGCCAUAGCUGAUGUGCUGUUUGGCACAACAAACCCAGGAGGAAAGCUUCCGAUGACAUGGUACCCACAGGAGUAUGUGGCCAAAGUGCCAAUGACAGUAAUGGACAUGAGACCAAACCCAGCAAGAGGGUACCCGGGAAGGACCUACAGAUUCUACAAGGGUCCGGUGGUGUUCCCUUUCGGCCAUGGGCUGAGCUACACCAGAUUCAGGCACACCCUAGCCCUUGCUCCCAAACAAGUCUCUGUUCCUUUAGCCAGCCUCCAGGCUCUCACAAACUCCAGCAGCGUUUCAAGCAAUGCAUUAAAGGUCAGCCACGCGAAUUGUGAUUCCCUGGAAUUAGGACUCCACGUCGAUGUGAAGAACGAAGGUAAAAUGGACGGCACCCACACAGUUCUCGUAUACUCAAAGCCACCUUCUGGAAAAUGGUCCGACACGAAGCAGUUGGUAGGGUUCCAUAAGGUUCAUGUGCCUGCUGGGUCCAAGCAACGAGUUAAGGUUGGUGUUCAUGUGUGCGACCACCUCAGUGUCGUGGACGAGUUUGGGGUUCGAAGAAUCCCAAUGGGCGACCACGAGCUUCACAUCGGUGAUCUCAAACAUUCCAUUUCCGUCCAAACUUCCCAAGAAAUCAAACCUUAAAACAAAAAAUGAUUAUAUUUGUCAACCCAAACUGUUGAUAGAUGUAGCUAAGUUCUUGCCUGUCAUUCCCAAUUUGAGAAGCCAAAAAAUAAAUGUCAUUCUCAAGUGUAGCAUAGAGUAUUAUUAUAGGUGGCAAUUUGUAAGAUGGUCUGACUACGAUGUCCAGGAAAAAAAGAAAAUUUGUGGACAAGUGCUGUUAUGUAGGUGAAGUGUGCAAGUCAAAGUAUUUUUACUGCAAAUGUAAAAUAGGGGUUGGAAAGAGUCUAAAUAAGUUUGGAAGCCAAUAAUGAUGCAACAAAUUGCAUUAUUGGCAAGUUGAUGUAUUGAGGUAUUGAUUGAUUAUUUUGAAAUCAAGUUGAAGCUAUGGUCCAUUGCAAUUGCA